AACGAGAGAGAAGGAGAGAGAGAUGAAGAAGCUUGCGGUACUGUUAAUGGGCUGCGGAGGGGUGGGCCGACAGCUCCUCCAACACAUCGUAAAUACCCGAUCUACCCACACCAAACAGAUCAAUGGUCUUGAUUAGUGUACACGUGUGCCGCAUGCAUGAAGGAGAGAUGCUUUGCUCCGCACUUCAGGGAACUCUAUGAGGGAUUGAGCUUACGAGUUGUGGGAGUUCGAGAUAGUCAGUCGUUGCUGGUUGCUACCGACAUUUUCACAACUGAAUUAAAUGAUGCAUUCUUGAUGGAAAUUUGCCGCGCAAAGUCAUCUGGUUCUUCUCUGACAGCAUUGAGAGACUUUGAUGAAUGCCAAAUAUUCAGCAACUCGGAAGCAGCAAGAAAAGUUAUUGAUAUUGCUGCCCUUCUAGGCAAAUCGACUGGUUUGGCACUUGUUGAUUGCUCUGCCAGUUCGGAGACGAUAGGUGUGCUAAAGCCGGCGGUUGAUUUGGGUUGUUGUAUUGUGCUGGCAAAUAAGAAGCCACUUACAUCUGGAACUGAAGAUUAUGAGAAGUUAGUCUCGAACUUGCGUCGCGUUCGAUAUGAAUCAACUGUUGGAGCUGGCCUUCCUGUGAUAUGUUCCUUAACUCGUAUAAUUUCAUCUGGAGACGCCAUUUGUCGUAUCGUUGGCAGUUUGAGUGGUACGCUUGGGUAUGUAAUGAGCGAAUUAGAAGUUGGAAAGCCAUUCAGCCAAGUUGUUCGUGCAGCUAAAGGCCUUGGGUAUACAGAACCAGAUCCACGAGAUGACCUGGGCGGGAUGGAUGUCGCAAGAAAGGCUCUGAUCCUUUCCCGGCUUCUUGGACUGCAAAUGGACUUGGAAAAUAUCAAGGUUGACAGCUUGUAUCCUCAUGAUUUGGGGCCUGAUAAAAUGUCUACAGAAGACUUUCUGGAGAAUGGCCUUCCAUCUCUCGAUAAAGAUAUUGAAGCAAGAGUAAAAGCUGCUUCUUUAAAUGGGAAUGUUCUCCGAUACGUAUGUAUGAUUGAGGGCUCAAGGUGUGAGGUUGGUCUUCAAGAGCUUCCCAAAAAUUCAGCUUUGGGGAGAUUACAAGGAAGCGACAAUGUGCUGGAGAUAUACAGCAGGUGUUAUCAGGAGCUGCCGUUGGUGAUUCAAGGUGCUGGGGCGGGCAACGACACUACGGCGGCAGGAGUCCUUGCCGAUAUCGUCUGUCUUCAAGAUCUCUUUCCCUGAAAUUACUACCUCUUCAGGAUACAGGUCAGAAAAUCCUAAUCAGAACGAAAAUUGGUGAAAUGUGCUUUUGAGGAGCAUGAGAAAAGAUCAAACAGUAGAAUGUUGUAGUUCUCCAUCAGACAUGUACCAUUGAUAUAUCUUCUGUUUUGCUUUUUCAAAUGAGGAAUGCUGAUUCCAGAUGCCCCUA